CGUCAUCAUAUACACAACGGCGGAGCUACAGUAGAGCCGCAGCCCGGAAAAAGACAGCAGCCCCUUGUAGCAACCGAGCUAGCUGCCUCCAUGUGUGUGCUGUCACAAGGGUGACGAGUCCGCGAAAUCAAACCGAGAGCUCGUUUUGUUCCCUCUACUCUGAAAACCACGGUAGUCUGCGUACAACUGACCGGCAGGGACCAACACGGACAUGGCGACAUCCAGCCCCUGUGUUGUGAUCAGUGAUGAUGAGCAGGGCUAUGACCUGGACCUUUUCUGCAUACCAAAGCACUAUGCCUCUGACCUGGAGAGGGUCUACAUCCCACAUGGACUCAUCCUGGACAGGACAGAGCGACUAGCCAGAGAAAUCAUGAAGGAAAUGGGGGGGCACCACAUCGUGGCCCUGUGUGUGCUCAAGGGGGGCUACAAGUUCUUUGCAGACCUGUUGGACUACAUCAAGGCCCUGAACCGGAACAGUGAUCGCUCCAUCCCAAUGACAGUGGACUUCAUUCGCCUCAAGAGCUACUGUAAUGACCAGUCGACAGGUGAAAUCAAAGUCAUUGGUGGAGAUGACCUUUCUACUUUGACUGGCAAGAACGUCUUGAUUGUGGAGGACAUCAUCGACACAGGGAAGACGAUGAAGACACUAUUGCAACUCCUCAAACAGUACAAUCCCCAAAUGGUUAAAGUAGCAAGUUUGUUGGUGAAGAGAACACCAAGAAGUGUUGGCUACCGGCCGGACUUUGUAGGAUUCGAGGUCCCUGACAAAUUUGUGGUUGGGUACGCACUAGACUACAAUGAGUACUUUAGAGAUCUAAAUCAUAUCUGCGUCAUUAGUGAAACAGGGAAGGAGAAGUACAAGGCGUGAGGAGCACCUCCGGACAGUUUUUAAUGAGUGGUUCCAUCAUGUCCUUCAGCGGUUCAUUUUAUAUUUUAUUACUUCAUAUUUGUGUCAUAAAAAAUACUCUGCCUGCUCAGGGUCUCUGAGGGAACACUGAUGGAGUGAUACUCCUGACAGUUGCAGUGCCUGCUUUAGCGGCACACACACACAUAGAUUACACUUUGAGGAAAUUGAUUGCCAUAGAACCACGUCUUGGUUAGUCAGCAUGGAGCCCUGCCUCACCUGAAUUUAGUAUAAUGCUUCUGUGCCCCCACACUUUUUUUUUUUUUUUUUUUUUUUAAGCAAUGGAGUAAUUUAGAAAGAGCAAUGCUGCUAAUUUAAAAGACUUGAUCACAACCGUGCUAUGUUUCCAGAUUGUACAACCUCAUAUUUAAAAGAAAUUGAGUUUUUUUUUGUAAUUUUACUUUUACCUCAAACUAUCAUUAGCUGAUUUAGGGGGAACCCUAAAAGAGGAUGUUACAUUUUCUUGACAUCUGCUUGUAUAUUUUUGGACAACACACUUCCUGGGUUGCUGUGCUGUGUGAUAACACUUUCUUAAGAUACAUUCUGUAGAAAAAAGGUGUCCCAAAUUAAACACAAGUAUGCUGAAGAUGAAAUACCCUCUUAUUGUUGAGUUGUAGUGAACUCUGUCUUAAAGAGCACCCACACAGACAAUUUACUUUGUGUAACAGGACUUAUUCUUUAAACAUGCUGGAAAGAUGUGUCAUUUACACAUGUUAAUGUUCAGUUAUAGUUUUACUGAACUUAAUCAACCAGGUUUGAACUCCUCCAUCUGUAUCUGCCUAUCAAUGAAACCCACAAUUAUUUCUACUUUAUAAAAUGUUCUCAUUCAAUGGUGCCAUCACUGUAACCAACGCCAGUGCCCACCAUUAAAUGUUCUCACUGUUCUGUGACUGGUGAAUUGUACUACAAAGUCUUAAAAACAAUACGCUAAUACUUGAAAGAAAUACAAAGCAGACUUCUGGCCAGUCAAUAGAGAAAUUAUUGGGAGAUGCAGAUAAGAUAAAUAACUUCCCCAAAUAAGUAUAUACUGAUUGAGUGUGUGUCAUGUCAAGGAGAAAACAGAACAUGAAUUGCUGAACCUGUUGUUGUCACCAGACUUUGAACUUCAAGCUGCUUCAUGUUCCCAGUAGGUCAGUGAUUACAGCUGGAUGACCAUUAACUGAGAGAAGAGAAUUCUCCUUGUAUUGAUGCUGAAAAACUUUUCCCACUGGGCUUUUCAUGGGUUCAACUAUUAUUGUUCUCUGUACUUAGCUGACUGAUAAAACCUCAACAUUUGCAAGUCAA